AUUUCCGAGUCAUCGUCGUGUUAGUCAGAGAAAUGGUUGCCUGACGAGCAUCACCGCAUUCACUGGGAUCCGGGAACCGAAUUAAAAUGUAAAUACAGCAUCAACGCAAACACACAUUUCCAGAUGAGAUGCGCGCUUUUCUCUGCGGUGCACGCGGAUGACAGCACACAAUAUCUUCUCAACCGCCAUCAAUCGUCAUGAACAUGCAUAUGUGGAUAUUGGCCAUACUCUCUUUUGCCAAGUUUUUCACCUUAAUUGAGAUGUUAGACAUUUAUGGGGAUAUAUGUACAGGCCUGUGCGUCUGCGAAGAUAGAGACGGGAUUUUUACAGCCAGCUGUGAAAACAGAGGAAUUAACAAUCUGUCAGAGGUAACACCUUUACACUUCACUGCUUAUCAUCUUCUGCUCACAGGGAAUCUGUUAAAGAAAGUCUCCCUCGACGAUUUCGUUCAGUAUGAAGGACUCACCAUCUUACAUCUAGGCAACAACGAUAUAUCCGAAAUCGAAGGUGGGGCUUUUAACGGGCUCCAGGGAUUAAAGCGACUGCAUCUAAACAAUAACAAAAUCGAGGCACUAAAGGACGACACGUUCCUCGGACUUGAAAGCUUGGAGUACCUACAGAUUGACUAUAAUUAUAUUAGCCACAUUGAAGCGAAAGCCCUAAGCAAUUUACGUCACUUAGAGGUGCUCAUCCUCAAUGACAAUUUACUAUCCACUCUGCCGAACAACAUCUUUCAGUAUGUUCCUUUAACUCAUCUCGACCUGAGAGGCAAUCAACUCAAAGUGCUUCCCUAUAUCGGCCUUCUGGAGCACCUGAGUCACAUUGUGGAGUUACAGCUUGAAGAAAACCAGUGGAAUUGUUCUUGCGAAUUAAUUGCGCUUAAAGCCUGGCUUGAAAGCAUAUCUUACACCGCUUUGGUCGGAGAUGUGGUUUGCGAGACUCCCUUCCGAUUGCACGGACGAGACCUUGACGAAAUCUCAAAGCAAGAGCUUUGUCCCCGCAGAGCCAUCGCCGAAUACGAAAUGCGCGCAGAACCGGCUCACAGCAGCGAGAUCCUCUACAAAACCACGUCAGCGACGUUCACGGCGGGAUUUGCAUCCUCGACUAUCUUGCGUGCCACAAAAAGCAGCCGUUUAUCAGGAAAACUUCGCGUUAAACCCACUUCGCGCUCGUCUUCAAGCAAGCCGCAGAAUUACGGGCCGAUGUUGGCCUACCAAACCAAAUCUCCGGUUCCUCUAGACUGUCCCAACGCAUGCACGUGCAAUCUCCAAAUCUCAGACCUCGGGUUGAACGUUAACUGCCAAGAGCGGAAAAUCGAAAGCAUCUCGGAUCUAGAUCCCAAGCCGUACAAUCCAAAAAAGAUGUAUUUAACCGGAAACUACAUCUCUUCGGUGUGCAGUUCGGACUUCAAUGGUGCAACCGGAUUGGAUUUGCUCCAUUUAGGCAACAACCGAAUAGCCAUCAUUCACGAUAAGACAUUCGGCCAGCUUAUACACUUAAGAAGGCUUUACUUAAAUGGCAACUUAAUCGAGCGGCUCACCGAGGAUAUGUUCUACGGUUUACAAAGCUUGCAGUUUUUGUAUUUGGAGUAUAACGUUAUUCGAGAGAUCGCGGUUGGCGCCUUCCAGCAGGUGCCCAACCUUCAAUUACUGUUUCUCAACAACAACCUCCUCAAGACACUACCACUAGGCAUCUUCGAUGGAUUAAGUCUGGCUCGAUUGAAUCUGCGCAGUAACCACUUACGAACUCUUCCGGUCGGCGGCGUCCUUGAAGACCUUUCGUCGCUCGUGCAGAUCAAUCUCUUCGAGAACCCUUGGGAUUGCUCGUGCAUCGCGGUGGAGAUGAAAAACUGGUUGGAGCAGCUCAGCACUGGUACAGUGGUGAACAGCGUCAUUUGCGAAUCUCCACUGAGUCUCUCAGGAGAGGAUUUGCGAUACGUUCACGCGUCUCAUCUCUGCCCGGAAAGCUCAAACGUGCAAUCUUCCAUCGUGCCGCCUUCGGAGGAAUCCUUUCCUGGUAGCACCAUCACUUUAGAAACAGCCUUGGAUUAUGACACGCAACAUCCCGCGGUUCCCCUUUCUGUUCUUAUACUCGGUUUGUUGCUCCUUUUUAUAUUAUCCGUGUUCGUCGCCGCUGGAUUGUUUGCGGUCAUAAUGAAGCGGCGUAAAAAGUCUGAACGCCUAGCUUCGGUAACCACCAAUGCGAGCUCUUUCAAUGCAGUUUACACCGAUAGAGCGAAGUCUAGAACAUCGGCGGGUAACGUCUACGAAUACAUCCCACCCACAACAGAAGGCGCUGCGAAAAACGGCCCCUAUAGUGAGGGAAGCGCAAUCGAGAGUUACAGAGACUUCGAAGAACUCAAUAGAGUUCUGGCAUCCAAUUUGGAUGAAGACGUCGGGAGCAACGCGAUAAGCUCAGAGUUCAGCGCUGGCACUCCAGACACGCUCAACAGACACUCUCCUCUGUUGGACGACAACUACUUUUACCGAGAUAUCUUGGCUAGGGACCAGCAGGCCUCUUACAGGGGUAAUUUAGCAUGUAAGCAUGGCACACAUGCAUCAGCUCACUGCACGCCGGACUUUGAUGCGAGACAUCAAUACUUGAAUCCGGAAAGAGUAGAGCAGACCAUGGUGUACUGCUCGACACCAACCACCGUCUACAUAGAGCCCAACAGAAGCGAAUACUGGGAACUGAAAGCCAAGCUUCAUUUCGAACCGGACUAUUUGGAGGUUCAUGAGAAAAGGGCGACCUUCACACAGUUCUGAAAUAUGGAUUUUGGAUAUGGAUCUGAGAGAUAGGUGAAUCUCACUAAAAUAUGAUUGCACUUCAAAAUUAAAAAUAUAAUUGUUUUUAUAUUUUCAAUUAAAUAUCAUUUUAUAUUUAUAACGGUGCAUUUUAUUAUUAUUUUGCAAAAAGAAAACAAAGCCUAAUUAUUACUAUAAUUUAUUUAUUAAUUUUAUUUGUGACAUUUUGAUGGACAAUUAAGCAAAUCUUUCCCAAUUUCCACUUUCAUUUUGUUAAAAAAGAUAAAUAAAAUAAAUAAAUAAUAAUAAUAAUAAAUAAAUCUAAUUCUCACAGAUUUGGAAGAAAUGAUUUAACACAUUAUCUAUACACCAUAUUUAUAAUUUAUAAGAUUUUCCACAAAGAAAAUGAAGCCUAGGUAUUACUAUUAUUUUUAAUUUAUUUAUUAAUUUUCUUUUGCAUUGUGACAUUUUUCAGGACAGUUAAGCAAAUUAUAUAAUUCGAUUCAAUUCAAGUUUAUUUGUAUAGCACUUUUCACGAUGCUAAUCAUUGCAAAGCAGCUUUCCGGAGAAUUACGUUUCUACACUACAUUUAGUUGUAUGUGAUGUACACAUGGCAGAAAUGUACGGUAAAAUUCAGAUAAUGACGUAAUCAUACAGACGAUAAACACUAUUAAUAGCAAUGAUUAUAUGUUGUUAAAACUAUAAAAUUUUAUAUAUACUAUAUAUAUAUAUGCUGUAUAUUUCUAAUGCAAAACUUUUUUUUUUUUGUGAGAUUCGCACCAUAUUCUCAUACAUAUCAUGCAACGGAAAGAUAAAUACGACCUUCUUUUAUACUUCUGUAUCAUCUGUCUACUCUAAUGCAUUCUGAGGUCCGUGAAUGAUCUCUAUGUGUGAAUAUAAAAGUGACACUUGUCUUAAAGAUGUUGUGACCGUUCACAUUUAUAUCAAGGCUUUUCCUCACUUUUGAUGAAAGGGACAAUCUGUUUCGUUGUGUUCAUGUGCACAUUCUUACCAGUCUACUUCUCUAUCGAUUCUGCAGAUCUUUGCACUUUUUUUGCAUUGGUUAAAUUAUAUCAAGAAGAAUAUUUGCUAACAUUUAUAUCGACAGUCCUGGCAGGCAAACCAACUACUUUAUUAAUUAGCAAUGCUGGGGAAACAAUUUUUUUGUUCCUUUUGCAAAUUUCUGAGUUUGUGUACAUUAUCUAAAAUGCAUAUGCAGUCAAAGCACAAAAUGUACAGUAUAUACCCUUCAGCCUACAGCUCACAGUGGCUGUGCAAUAUUGUAAACUCCCUUUAAAUGUUGGUGGCAUUUGUCCACCCACGUUGUCUAAUAAGAAGCGCCAUGAGAGCGGUCAUGCAUGGGAGAAGACAAGACCACUACAGGGAAAGUGUGUAAAGCCAAAAAACCCUUCCCCCUCCCUAUUUUCCUUCAGUUUUCUGAUGUGUGACUCAGUGAAGGAAACAACAGCCCGAGCCUCUUUUUACACAAGGGUUUGUUAUUCAGCAAAUGCCAAUGAAAAUUUCAUGCAGGGCUUGAGGCGGUCUGGAGAGGUUGUUAUGCAAAAACAGCAGUCUGUACAGGAUUUUGACUGAAAAUAGCAAUUAUUUUAUGGAUUUAUAAGUCACUGUCAUGACUAUCAUAUUGUGUCAUUUCUGUGUUUACAUGUGCAAACCCAAUGAAUUACAGACUAAACAAAGUA